AUGGCGGCCAACUCGGAUUACCCCUUGCAUGAAAGUGUUUUUAAUGAUGAUAUACGUCGAGUUUCACAACUUAUCAGAACUUAUGAUCUCUCACAGAAAGACAUUCAUGGCAAUACAGCUCUCCACUUGGCUGUUAUGUUGGGGCACAAGGAGUGUGUACACCUACUGUUGGCCCAUGGAGCCCCAGUGAAGGUGAAGAACCUGCAGGGGUGGACGCCCCUGGCAGAAGCCAUCAGCUACGGCAACAGGCAGACCAUUGUUUCCCUUCUACGAAAGCUGAAGCAACAGUCUCGAGAAUUGCUAGAAGAAAGGCGUCCAUCACUCAUCCAAGCCUUGAAGGAAAUAGAUGAUUUCUACCUCGAACUCAAGUGGGACUUUCAGAGCUGGGUGCCCUUAGUAUCCAGAAUUCUACCUUCAGAUAUAUGCAAAAUACGCAAGAAAGGGGCAUGUAUAAGAUUAGAUACAACAUUAGUAGAUUUUAAUGACAUGCAUUGGGAGCGGGGUGAUAUAUCAUUUGUAUUUAAUGGCGAUGCUGGUCCUCGUCAGUCCCUCACAGUAUUGGACAACAAACUCAAGGUGUUCCAGCGUAUUCGAUACGAGGAGAGUGAAAUGGAACUUGAGGAUGAGGUGGACAUCCUGAUGAGCAGCGACAUCAUGGCUGCCCAGAUGUCCACCAAGAACAUCUCCUUCUCUAGGGCCCAGAGUGGAUGGCUCUUCCGAGAAGACAAAACAGAAAUGGUUGGGGAAUUCCGGGCGGACUUCUACUGUGUAAAUAAUUUAACUCUUGAAUCUCGUAAAAGGAGAGAGCACCUGUCUCCAGAGGAUGUACAGAAGAAUAAGGCCAUCAUGGAGAACUUCAGUAAAGGCACCUGGGACAAUUGUGCUUUUGAGCGCCGCCCAUCCCUGGAACCACCUGACAACCCCAUCACCAGCUGGUGUGAUUACAUCAAUGCGUUGCCGGGACGACCCCCAUGUUUAGGACGGACUCUCAUCGCCAAGGAGAGUACCAAAGGUUUCAAGGCAACUGUUGCAAUGAGUGAGGAUUUCCCGAUGAGUGUUGAAAUAUUACUAGAUGUUCUAGAAGUUGUGGCACCUUUUAAACAAUUUCAAAAACUGAGAGAGUUUAUGACCACCAAACUUCCACCAGGGUUCCCAGUGAAGAUAGAAAUUCCAGUAUUCCCAACUGUCACUGCUAAAGUGACCUUCACAAUGUUUGAAUGGCAAGAAGAACUCCCUGAAGAACUCUUCAUUAUUCCCUCCGAUUACCGUGAAGACCCUAACCGCUUUCCCGACUUAUGACUGUACUUUGAGGCUAACAUUGUCCACGUGCUGACCAGCGUCCGACAUCUCUCCCCAUAUAUCUUCCAAGAGCAUCAGCGUCUGUGUCUGGACUCAGAGGACGCUGAGGAGGAGGAGGAGGAGGGCGUGUGUAUAGGCAUAGAUCUGCCACUGACAAACCUGGGCAACUGCAGCGAUGAAGUGACACUGUUAAUAUAGCGAAGACAAGUGACACUGAUAAUAUAGGGAAGACAAGUGACACUGUGAAUAUCGGGAAGACAAGAGACACUGUGAAUAUAGGGAAGACAAGAGACACUGUGAAUAUAUGGAAGACAAGUGACACUGUGAAUAUACGGAAGACAAGAGACGCUGUGAAUAUACAGAAGACGUGAAGUUGUUAAUAUAAGGAAGAGAUGUGACACUGUUAAUGUAGGGAAAACAAGUGACAGUGUUAAUAUAGCGAAGACAAGUGACACUGUGAAUAUACGGAAGACAAGAGACACUGAAUAUACGGAAGACGUGAAGUUGUUAAUAUAAGGAAGAGAUGUGACACUGUUAAUGUAGGGAAAACAAGUGACAGUGUUAAUAUAGCGAAGACAAGUGACACUGUGAAUAUAGGGAAGGCAAGUGACACUGUGAAUAUAGGGAAGACAAGAGACACUGUGAAUAUAGGGAAGACAAGAGACACUGUGAAUAUAUGGUAGACAAGUGACACUGUGAAUAUACGGAAGACAAGAGACACUGAAUAUACGGAAGAGGUGAAGUUGUUAAUAUAAGGAAGAGAUGUGACACUGUUAAUAUAGGGAAGACGAGUGACACUGUGAAUAUCGGGAAGACAAGUGACAGUGUUAAUAUAGGGAAGACAAGUGACACUGAAUAUCGGGAAGACAAGUGACAGUGUUAAUAUAGGGAAGACAAGUGACACUGUUAAUAUAGGGAAGACGAGUGACACUGUGAAUAUCGGGAAGACAAGUGACACUGUUAAUAUAUGGAAGACAAGUGACACUGUGAAUAUAGGGAAGACAAGUGACACUGUUAAUAUAGGGAAGACAUGUGACACUGUUAAUAUACGGAAGACAAGUGACACUCUGAAUAUACAUGAUAUAGUUCACCCAGAAUAAAAAUUGACACAGCUGAUAUUGGGAAGGGGCAAGUUAGCAUUGGAAAUUGAAUAAAUGAACUGUUGAUACAGGGAAGAGCAAGUGGUACAUGUAAUACAGUUCACAGUUGUUCUAUAGCUUGCUCUUGGCUAGUAUAACAUAUGGUGCAUGUGAGGACCUGAGAGUGUAACUGUUGACUACAGUGUUCAGGCAUGUGGAAGUGCUACUUGUGACUGACAAUGGUAUGGACUACCAGUAUAUGGCUGUGUGAGGUUGUAACAUUGACAGACUUUGGAGGAACCAUUUUUUAAUAUACUUAUCUCUACAAUUUUGGACAUAUAUAUAUGUAUUUAUCUUGACAGCUUUUAUGACAAAUUUAUUUGUUUUAGAAACAACAAUCUUUUAUAUGGUACACCUGAGUCAUUAUAUGACAAAACACAGGGAGCACAUGAGACAUGAUGGACAGUUGGUCACAGGUUUCAGUUGGUAUAAGUGUCUGAGGAUGAUUGUUAGACAUGGACAUGGUUCCGGAUCAUCAGGAAACAUGGCCUUUAUUAUGAAAGUGUGGACACAUGUGUGGUCCCAGUUGUGGAAGUGAAGAAGCUAUUAGAUGCCCUAUAUUUUGAGGAAAAUGACUGGACCCAAAUAUUGGAAUGAAUAAACAGGGCUGAUACCAUAUUUUUGGAAUAUGUGAAAGCAAGACGAAAUCUGUGCUGAACAUGUGACAGUAUAAAUAUUCCAUAUCAAGCUGAUCAGGAAACAUGGCAAGUCCUUCAAAAUAGAAAGAUUCUCCACAAUGUCAGUGAACAGUGUUUUAAGUGGACCAAUGUUGCCUCGGCCUUUGACUUUAGGUACAAACAAUGCUGAUGACACAGCGCGGUCAUCUCUCACCCAUCAGGCCCAUCACAGCUCAUCUUGCCUCGGGGUUAUGUGAGGGUUGUCCUGACACAUAAAACUACUGAAGGAUUUCCACCCACACUGAUGUGUAUAGUAUACUGCAGUACCUCAUUGUUUCAUCAAGCCAAUCAUGUGUAGAGGACAGGAGCCAAAGUACGGCUGAAAUAUCACGG